AUGAGAGAGGAAGAGUCAAGACGGGGCGCUGGGAGAUGCCAGGAUCUGGUGGGCUCCCCCAAAGAACAGAGUCCAGUCCUCUCCCCGUGGCCUUCCACUCACACUUAUGGCUUGCUGCAGGAUUCCGUGGCCUUUGAGGAUGUGGCCGUGGACUUCAGCCCGAGGGAGUGGGCUCUGCUCACCCCAGCCCAGAGAAGACUCUACAGAGAGGUGGUGCUGGACAUCUUUCAGGCUCUGGCCUCCAUAGGUAAGGGCAACAUGGCAUUUCCACGCAGACAUUUGGAGAGUAACCACUCCUAUGUCUUCAUGGGUUAUACCUGUGGGCCAGAAUAUGCGAUGAUGCAGGUCUCGGUGACGAGGAGCCGGCGCGCCGGGGGCCGCGGGCCAGGCCGGAGGCCGCGCGGGGCGCCGGCCGGGCCGGGGCGGCGCUACGAGUGCGGGCGGUGCGGGAACGUGUUCACGCACCCCUCCUCGCUGCAGCGGCACAUCCGCAUCCACACGGGCCAGAAGCCGCACAAGUGCGGGGUGUGCGGGAAGGCCUUCAGCCGGCCCUCGUACCUCAGAACCCACGAGAAGACCCACAGCGGGGAGAAGCCGCACGCGUGCGGGGUGUGCGGGAAGGCCUUCCUGCGGCCCUACUCGCUGACGGUGCACGCGCGCGUGCACACCGGGGAGAAGCCCUUCGAGUGCGCGCGCUGCGGGCGGCCCUUCAGCUGCCCCAAGUCGUUCCGCGCGCACGUGCUGGCGCACACGGCGGGGAAGCCGUACCGCUGCGCGCAGUGCGGCAAGGCCUACCGCUGCCCCCGCUCGGCGCGCGUGCACGCCCGCCUGCACGCGGGCGAGCGCCUGCACGAGUGCGCGCGCUGCGGCAAGGCCUACGGCUGGCUCGCCUCGCUCCAGAAGCACGUGCGCGUCCACGACGGGGAGAAGCCCUACUCGUGCACGCGCUGCGGCAAGGCCUUCGGCUGGCCCUCGUCCCUGCACAAGCACGCGCGCGCGCACGCCCGGAAGGCGUGGGCGAGCGGAGCCCGGGCGGGAGCGCGGCCCGUCCGGCCCGCGCCCGCGCCUGCGCAGGCCCGCCAGGAGGCGCGCGCGUGCGCCACGUGCGGGAAAGCCUUCGCCCAGCGCUCGUCGCUGCGGCGGCACACGCGGACGCACGCCCUGGAGCCCCGCGCGGAAGAGUCCGGCCGCCCCGCGUCCGUGCAGGACCGGCUGGGAAGUCACACCGGCCACGAAAGUGGCCCAGACCAGGCCGAGGAGCCGGGCGGCGUGGCGCCCGCCUGGGACCCCCGCCACGCGGGCGGCGGCGGCCCCGGUGAGGACCCCGGCCCCCGGCCUGAAAAGUAG